AUGAUUGAUAUGGUUUACUGUGUGGAUAAUCCAAAGAAGUGGCACGAGGGUAAUAUGAAAGGGAACUCUUCACAUUACAGUGGAUUGAAGUAUUUAGGGCCAAAGUUCAUUGCCAGUUUCCAGGAGAAUUCUGGAGCUAGAGUUUACUUUAACACUUUGGUACCAAUGGAAGGGGUUGUUAUUAAGUAUGGUGUAAUAUCUUCUAAAGAUCUGAUUACAGAUCUAUUGGAGUGGUCUGAUCUAUACAUUGCUGGUAGGCUGCAUAAACCAGUAGAGAUUAUCAAGAAAACAACAAGCUCUGAAUUGCAGACUGCUCUGCAACUUAACUUACAGUCUGCUGUGCAUGCAGCUCUCCUAAUAUUACCAGAAACAUUCUCUGAAUAUGAGUUUUACCAUACCAUUUGUAAUUUGAGUUAUGCAGGAGAUUUCCGCAUGACCUUUGGGGAGAACAAGAAUAAGGUGGAACAUAUUGUGAAGCCUCAAAUUGAUGGUUUCAGGAAUCUUUACAGACCUUUCUUAAAGAGUUUAACUGAUUACGUUGAUUUUCCUGUCUUGACAGAGGGCGGCGGUUUGUGUUCUCAGGACACUUGUCCACUGGCAAAGUUGCACCAUUUAAACCAGUUGCCAAGGUGGCCGCAGAAAGCUUUGACCCGGUUUUGGAAUCGAGGGAAUUUUAAGCAGGAUACUGAAGAUGUUCUCAGAGGGAUUGCAUAUGACCCAGAUUGCAGUGCUGUGGUUGAGCAGUGCAUCAAUGAGAUUGUGUGGAAGUCUUCAAUCAGGCAAAGCUUAAAGGGUUUACUGACAGCUGGCAUAUUCAAAAGUGUGAAAUAUAGUGGACAGAAGAUUGUUAAAAUGUUGAAAUAA